ACAUGAGGGCUAACAACCCAUUCGUCUUUCUCGUCCAGAUCCUGCUUGACAUUGUGCUGGUGCCGGUCAACGUCAACAAGCUGAACGCAGGCACCGAUGCUGCGCGCCGCGACACGCCGUUCCCUUCCGUCAUCGGAGGAAUUGCACCGACGCUGGACGACAGCAAGCAUCUUAUCUUCGAACCUGGAAUCAGUCGUUCGUUUUUUGAUGAACUUUUAUCUUCGACUGUGACAUCACCGUUUCGGGCUAUAAAACGGCGCAGCGAGACGCUCCACGGCAUUGGGCACGGCAGCACUGCCAACAUGAGGGCUAACAACCCAUUCGUCUUUCUCGUCCAGGUAAGCAAACGAUUUUGCAAGUCCUACCGUAGCAAUAAUGUUUGCUUGAUUUUGCUGCCGUGCCCACGGUCCUGUUACUUGUGGUUGUGCGAUGUGUUUUUCUCUCUGAGAAUGCUACUUUUGCUGAGCGGCGAUGUUGAGGUCAACCCUGGUCCAGAAACAGGCGCUAUUUUACAAAAACUGAAAGAAAUCGCCCGGGACAUACAGGAAAUUAAAAAUGAAAAGGGUAUAACAAAUGACAGACUUUCUGCGAUCGAGCACAAACUGGAAAGUCUCAGUACGCUUCAAAAGAACGUCAGUGCAUGUCGGGAGAGAAUAACUGAACUUGAAACGACUGUUAAAAUUAUUACCAGAAAGGUAGACGACUUAGAAAAUCGAAGUAGACGGUCGAAUCUGAUUGUCUACGGAAUUAAAGAACAAGAGAACGAAAACAGUGAGACACUCGAAAGAGUGGUCGUAGGUGAAAUUCUCGAGAGAAUUCUAAACGUACAAACAGCAGGCAUCGAAAGAAUUCACCGCCUCGGGAAACAGGCUGAUAACAAGAUCCGUCCAGUCAUACUCAAACUACUGGACAGUAGAGAUAAAUCAAAGAUACUGAAAAACUGCGUCAAACUGAAAGGAACAGAUUUUUCAAUCGGUGAAGAUUUCUCCCGACACGUACAGCAAAUACGUAAGAAGCUUUGGGACCGCACUAAAGCAAACCGAGAUAAGCGAGAAAAGGUUUUCUUAACAUAUGAUAAGGUUCGCAUAAAUGGGCAUCUCUAUGCGUGGGAUGAGACAAAAGAAGACAUAAUUCCCGUAGAAAAAAACGAUGGUGUCGUUUAUCGGCCUCCAAACUCCGACCACAAGUGUCUGUACAACUUAUAUGAUUACAUGCAACAACACAUUAAAAAUUAA